CCUUUAUUAAUAAGAGGGUCUAGCUCCAAUUUCUUGCCCUCUAUAGCCAAUUCCCAAAUGGGCCGACCGUCGUCCGCUGUAGAAAUCCCCCAUGAACGGCGUCGUAGCGGUAGAGAAUAUUCCCCGGACCGCUACGUUUUCGAAGAUUCAUGGCCUCGCCAUCGUACCCGCAAUCGCAGCCCCAGCCCUAGCCGAAGCCGCAGCAGAAGUUUUAGCCGGAGCCGUAGUCGUAGUCGGAGCCCAAUCUACAACCAGUACUCAAAGCACGACAGGCGCCGUGACCUACGAGCCUCUCCGGAUUAUUCCUACCCUACCAGAAGCCCUAGGUCUGAAACCCUAAAGUUGGAGAAGAAAUACAACAACUACAGCGAUACCCGGAAGAAUUCCUACCUCGAUCGCGAUUAUAGGAACGGGCGGUAUGCGGAGUCGGAAUCUGACGAGGAGCUGAGAGGCUUGAGCUUCGAAGACUACAGGAGCCUCAAGCGCCAGAAAUUGAGAAAGAUGCUGAAGAAUUGUAUUUGGAAUUGUACUCCUAGUCCUCCCAGGAAUCCGAACGAUCCUGAGGAGGAUGAAAUCGCGGAAAACAGCGAAGUGGAAAAGGAACUUAGCAAGAAAGAUGCAAAAAAUGGGGAUAUUUUGAAAUCGGAUGCUAAAAGCGAGUCUGAAUCUGAGUCAGCAUCGGGGUCUACUGACCCUGAAUCGGAUGAUUCGAGGUCCAAGAGGAAGGAGAAGGGGAAGGGGAAGAAAUCGAGUUCUAGGCGUAAGAGGAGGAGGUCAAAGUCGGUUUCUGAGACUGAGAGUGAAUCAGAUGAGUCUAGUGAAGGCUCAGAGGAAGAUCAUCGUACGAGGAGAAGGAGGAAAUCUUCUAGCAGAAAUCAGACUAGGCGAAAGAAGAGCAGCAGGAGAAGUAGGAGGAGGAGGAGUAGUAGGAGGAGAAGUUACUCAGAUGAAAGUGAAAGCGAAGAUGAGAGUGGAAGUGAGGAUUCUGAUGCUAGUCUAUCAUCAGGAGAUCGGGUGAAGUCUAAAAAGCGGAAGAGCUCUUCCUCUUCCAGGUCCAAACAUAACAAGAAGAACCAGAGGAAAAGUCAUUCAGAUGAAAGCGAAAGCGAAGAUGAGAGUGGGAGUGAGGAUUCUGAUGCUAGUCCAUCAUCAGGAGAUCGUGUGAAGUCUACAAAGCAGAAGAGCGCAAGGUCCAAACGUAGCAAGAAGAAGAGGAAAACAGAAUCCGAUGACGAGGCCUCAUUAUCAGAGAAGAGUUCUGAUUCUGCAGUUGAUGCUAAGAGUAAACCUAAGCCUGCAGAGGAAAAGGUGAUGUUGAAUGAAGUUGAUAGUGAGGUGCUUCAGUUUAAGGAGCUUAUUGAGUCGAGGAAGAGAGCUGCAUUAGAGAAUGAGCCAGUGGUUGGGCCGAUGCCGUUGCCAAGGGCUGAAGGGCAUAUUAGUUAUGGUGGGGCACUUAGGCCAGGUGAAGGUGAUGCCAUUGCACAGUAUGUUCAGCAGGGGAAGCGUAUCCCACGAAGAGGUGAAGUGGGUUUAUCAGCUGAGGAGAUUCAGAAGUUUGAGACUCUUGGAUAUGUGAUGAGUGGUAGUAGGCAUCAGAGGAUGAAUGCUAUUCGUAUUAGAAAGGAAAACCAGGUUUAUAGUGCUGAGGACAAGCGUGCAUUGGCCAUGUUUAACUAUGAGGAGAAGUCCAAGCGUGAACAGAAGGUUAUGUCUGAUCUACAGCGGCUGGUGCAGCGCCACAUUGGGCAGGAUGCUGGUCCAUCUCACGAUCCUUUUGGCGGGAGGUCCACUGAGGGGGCUGAAGCUUGAUUCGAAUGUAUGAUGUUUUAUCUAUCUCAUUGAACUAAACUCUAGUCUUGGCUUCAUCUUCCUUUCCUUUUAUUAUGUUUGCUUGGAUUCGAAAUAAUGAGUUGUUUUUGGUACUUACCUGGGCAUCAGAGUUGUGGGAUUGUCUUAAUUUAGCACGUAAUGUAUACUUGUACCAUUGUGGAAAUUAAAUUUUAUCUAUAUAUCAGUUACUUUGGUGCAUUCAUGCUAAACAA